AUGUCUGAAGACCAAAACUGCCUUCCAGAGAAUAUGGACAUUGCAUAUAUGCAGAAAAGAUUCCGGAAUCCCAAAAUCCAGGCCAUCAGGUGCCCAGGAACGGAGGGGUGUAUUCAUUGCGGACAGCAGUUCAAGAACCUGAAGAUCCGCUUUGCCCGCCUCUGCGCCCAAUACAGAGAACGUUUCAGCCAGGCAAACUGCACCAAAUUCCCAUGGCGAAUGCGGUCCUACCAGGAUUUAGCCUUAGAUGAGUUGUCCUUGGAUCUAUUGCUGGAAAAAACGCACCGAGUCUUUCGGGUUAUUGAAAUAAACCAAAGCCUUGAUGAUUUUCCAGAAUAUUGGAACUGGCUUCAUGAAGUUAAGAUGCCGGAACUGAGCAGAGAAGUUCUGUGCCCUCCUGCUUGCCAGGGAGCCACCUCAGCGUUCAACUGCUCUACUUGCCGCCGGGUGGACGUGCCCUGUUGGGGCCUGAAGACCUGCUACCCAGAUGGCACCCGCCUGCAAAAAGCCGUCCGGCUCCUGAGCUCCAUCUCCGGCUCCUGCCUGUUCCUGGGACUGGUGUCCUGUGCCCUGGAAUUUCGGCUCCGUCCGGGGAUUGGAACAGCGUAGGGAGGGGGAGAAAGAUGGAUGGAGAUUCCUAAGAGUUUCUUCUUUUGGUCGCAAGAGUCGGGCGCAUAGAAGAGUGACCAUAUGUGAGGCAUGGGUGUGCAGGAGUGUGGCUGGCUACAGAAGGCAUCCCACAUGCAAGGCGUUUUCAGAACCGUGUGUGUGCAAGAGGCCGUGUGUGUGUGUGUG